GCUCCACAUCUCUCUGAGAGACCAGGGCGUUAACCUCCCCUUCGCGUCCCACAACCCCAGCUCUCCACUUUCGUGUCUGUCUUCUGCCCUGCGUGUUUUUUUAUUUUUUUUACCCCCGGUUCAUCCUCCGAGUCCUCUCCGUUACGGUGGAUUCAUGCUCAGCUCUCGCCCUCCUCGGUCGCCAUGCAGAACAACCACCACAAGGAGCGCCUUUACAAGAUACUCGUCAUAGGGGACCUCGGGGUCGGGAAGACCAGCAUCAUCAAGCGGUACGUGCAUCACAACUUCAGCCCCAACUACCGCGCCACCAUCGGGGUGGACUUCGCCCUCAAAGUCCUCACCUGGGACCAGGAGACGGUGCGACUGCAGCUUUGGGACAUCGCAGGUCAGGAGAGGUUUGGCAACAUGACCCGUGUGUACUACCGUGAAGCCAUGGGCGCCUUCAUCGUCUUUGACGUGACACGGCCGGCCUCCUUCGAGGCCGUCACCAAGUGGAAGGAGGACUUGGAUUCCAAGCUCACGCUAGCCAAUGGGAAAAAUGUAGCCACGGUGCUUCUGGCUAACAAAUGUGACCAGGGUCAGGAAGUACUGACCAAUAACGGAAUAAAGAUGGACCAGUUCUGCCAGGAAAAUGGCUUUGUGGGAUGGUUUCAGACCUCUGCUAAGGAGAACAUCAACAUCGACGAGGCAGCAAACUGCUUGGUGAAACACAUCAUCGCCAGCGAGAACGACAUGCUCCAGUCAGAAGUUCCCGAUACGAUCAACCCUCAGUUAGAGAAGGAGAAACGCGGGACUUGCUCCUCUUGCUUUCGAUCUCAGUGAAGACAACAUUUCGACGUGCGGGACGUCCCUGUUUUGAGAGUAGUGUCACACUGAAGCUGUAUGCGUGGGGGACUGUCUGUACAGGUGGAGGGCACUGAUGCCAGUUCUUUUCUUGUCUGGACUCCUGGGGGAGGGGGUGGCGGACAGGCAGUUGGCUCACGGACUGGAUAGAGUGAGAAGGAGAGAUAGCUGCAGCUGUGUCUGCUUGUCAGAGACAGGGUCACCCCCUGAGCGUCUUCAAGCGUUUGGCACAAACACUUUUGUUAUCACGGUGACACAUUUAACAAGCAGAUGCGCAGAGGGGUUGCAGCAAUUCACAGUAUAUUCCUACUAAUCUGUGGAGCCAAUCUUAUCAUACAUGCCGUUGUGUCUCUCCUUCGUUCUCCCCCCCUACAUCCACCCAGGUUUGCUCUUUGUCGGGUUUUUUUUUCCUGUAAGGAGGUAUACCGACAACACAUUUUGACCGGUAUUAAUCAAGUUUGAGCCAAUUUCACCACCGUCUAGCAAAGGCGAACAUACCCAACAUCCUCACACAGUAAUCUCGUUCAUUUGGUUUGUACCAUUAUUUCUACACCAGCAAGAACGAUGGCACCAGUAAUGCCUUGUAUAGCAGAUUAUAUGUAUGUAACUAAAGUACCUUUUCUAACACAUCCCAUUUUAUUUAAUGUCUUCAACAGAUAAUCUUCACUGUGCGUUCUAUUUAUGUGUACAGAUGAUGCGCAUUUUUCUCUUGUCUCACUGAGGUAAACGUUCAUGCAUUAAUAUGGGGACGUGUGCAAAGUUCUGUGUAUUAAAGAAAUCUGUGGUUCAUCAAAGAAUGUUGUCUGUAUUUGUUUUGAAUCCAUUGAUUUUAUAUAAAAUGAUCUUUUCCACUGUGAA